GACAGCAUCGCAUUAGGGCACUUCACUCAGAAACAUGAGGGGGCGAAAUCUACAUGUAUCACUGCUGCUACUUCUGGUUCCAGCAUUCUGUCUCAGCAGCCCACUGUUCACUUUGAUAGCUCCGAACAUCCUGCAUGCUGGAAGUGAUGAAACUAUAGUGCUUCAAGCGCAUAACUUCAACCAAAACAUAAAGGUUGACAUUAAAGUUUUUGACUUUCCAAAAAAGACAAGGAGUCUAUAUGGAGGUUCUGUAACAUUACAGGGGAAGGACCUCUUCGUCAGUACAACAAUUAAUAUAAAGACGGAUUUAAUUUCUGAAGAUCCUAAGGAAAAGCAAUUUGUGUACCUUGAAGCAGCAAGUCACCCACAUUUUGCACUAGAAAAAGUCAUUAUGCUUUCUUCAUUCCCUGGCUACUUAUUUACACAGACUGAUAAACCAAUAUAUACUCCACUUCAAAAAGUGAGGUAUGCAGUGUUUUCAAUAGAUAAGAAAAUGGACCCACAGUCAACACCAGUUAUUAUUGAAAUUCAGAACCCUGCCAAUAUUACUGUGCAGAGUGACACCAUCUUCAUAUCUAGUCGGAUUGAACAAAGAGAAUACAAGUUAUCUGAUCUUGUCAGCCUUGGUACCUGGAAAAUCAUCACUAAGUACAAAAAUGCUCCCCAGAGGACUUACAGUACGGAAUUUGAAGUGAAGGAAUAUGUAUUGCCAAAUAUUGAUGUGACUUUGGAACCCAACAAGAAAUUUUUCCAUGUAAAUGAGAAAGAACUUGAAAUAAAAAUCACUGCCAACUAUAUUUUUAAAAAGCAGGUUGAUGGUCGCGCCUUAGCACUGUUUGGGGUUAAGAGAGAUGGACAACGGAGAAACAUUCCUACAUCUUUUCAAAGAAUUGAUAUAACUUAUGGAGAAGGAACAGCAAAACUGACAGACAAAAUGUUGACUGAUACCUUUGGUUCUGUAAGUGAGUUGCUUGAUGCAGAAAUCAUCGUGGAUGUAACUGUUUUCACUCCAGGAGGUGACACAGCACAGGCUGAAAAAUUGGGCAUUAAAAUAGUCAAAUCUCCAUAUGAAAUCUCAUUCAUCAGGACCCCAAAAUAUUUCAAGCCAGUGACACCACUUCAUUUCUGGGUACUUGUUACUAACCCAGAUGGCUCUCCUGCUCCUGAUAUUUCACUAGAAACAUCAGAAAAAAGUGAAGGGAAGACUAAUAAAGAAGGCAUUACACAAUUCCAAGUCACUUCUAAAACUCAGAAGGAAAAGGAAAUGGUCAUAAACGUAAAAACAAAACAAAAAGAGCUGACUGAUGAUCAGCAAGCCAGGGCUACAAUGACGGUUACAGCAUAUAACAGUAUCUCAGGGAAUUACCUACACCUUGAUGCAGGCCAGGUGGAAGUUGAAGUGGGAACUGAUGUGAAAAUAAGUCUCAUUGCCAAAACAGCCAACGAUGCUAUUGCUAAGCAGAUCAAAUAUUACACUUAUAUGAUUUUAAACAAAGGCAGAAUUGUUAAGAUUGCAAGUGAAACACAAUUUGAUGGACAAACGUUCAUUACAUUUUCAAUUACUGUUGGACCGGAGCUGCUUCCUGCCUUCCGUGUUGUUGCGUAUUAUGCUGUCAUCGGUACAGAUUCUAAAUAUCAAAUCAUUGCUGACUCAGCAUGGAUUAAGGUCAAGGAGUCAUGUAUGGGUAAACUUGAACUGAGGGAUGCAAGAGAAAAUUUUAAAGGAAUGAUAUACCAGCCACACCAGGAGUUCAGAUUGAUGUUGGAAGGAGAUGAAGGUGCCCAGGUUAUCUUGGUUGCUGUGGAUAAAGCGGUGUUUGCCCUGAACAAAAAUAGAUUUUCUCAAAAAAAGAUUUGGAAUGUCAUAGGGAAAAGCGACCUUGGAUGUACACCAGGCAGUGGAGCUGAUAGUAUGGGUGUGUUUUCAGAUGCUGGCUUAGUCUUUGUAACAAACAAAGAUCAUGUAACAGCUGCAAGACAAGAGCUACACUGUCCUGAGCAAGUUAAACGUAAACGUCGCUCCUUAAAUAUCAUAGAAUCCAAGAAGAGGAAAGUUGAUGAAUAUGACACCCCUGAGGAAAAAUUAUGUUGUGAGGAUGGGAUGCGAGAGAAUCCAAUGGGCCACAAAUGCGAGGAAAGAGCAAGGCAUAUUUCACUGGGACAGAAAUGUAUCGCUGCCUUUCUCACUUGCUGUAAACAUGCAGAGAAACUGACUGAAGAAGAAAGGGAGGAACUUAUCUUGGCAAGAAGUGGUGAGGAGUGUGAAGAAUGUAUUGAUAUGGAUAUGGACUUUCGAAGCUAUUUUCCAGAAAGUUUUAUAUGGACAAUCGUUACACUUAAUAAGUCUAAAGGCAAUGGGCUUGCUACCCACAUUAAAUCUGUGCAUUUACCAGACUCCAUAACUACUUGGGAACUGCAAGCAGUCAGCCUAACCAAAAAUAAAGGCAUCUGCGUCUCUGAACCCUAUGAAGUAACAGUUAGGAAGACAUUCUUCAUCGACCUUCAGCUGCCCUAUUCUGCUCAGAGAAAUGAACAAGUAGAGAUAAGGGUCAUUCUGUACAACUAUGCAUUAUUCUCUAUAAGAGUCAAUGUUGUAUUGCUGUAUCAUCAACACUUAUGCAGCCUUUCGAAACCUAGGAAGAAUUACCAGCAAUCUGUUGAAGUUCCUGCAGCUUCCUCUGCUUCAGUAUCCUUUAUCGUUGUGCCACUAAUAGUAGGAAACAUUAACGUUGAAGUGGGUGCUGUUGUUCCUUUCUUACUCAUUCGUGAUGGCAUAAGGAAACAAUUGCAAGUGGUGCCUGGUGGAAUUAUAAAAAGGAAGUCAAAAUCUAUACUACUGGAUCCAAAAGGUCGAUCCCAGACGGAAAUAAUUCAGUAUACAGACUUUGAAGGCCUUGUUCCUGAUACAGAACCACAGACGCUCAUCAGUGUUCAAGGAAAUCUUAUAGCAGAAACGCUCCUAAAUUCUUUGGAUCCAUCUCGUUUAACAGAACUCAUUAGAAUUCCAUCUGGUUGUGUUGAACAAACUAUAUUAGGCAUGGCCACCAAUGUCAUCCUGACCCACUACAUGGAUAAAACCAACCAAUGGGACCUACUUGGGGUUGACAGCAGAAAGAAGGCAGUUGAAAACAUUAAGACAGGUUAUGCACAGCAGUUGACUUACAUAAAAGUCGAUAAAUCAUUCAGGCCAUACAGAGGCAGUCAAAGCGGCACCUGGUUGACUGCAUAUAUCGCCAAGAUAUUUGCCAUGGCAUACAGUAUCAUUGGUAAUCAACAGAGUGAAGUCUGUGGGUCUGUGAAGUGGUUAAUCCUUAACACACAAAAGCCAGAUGGGGUCUUUGUGGAGAAUGCCCCUGUAUACACAAGAGCAAUGCAGGGGGGAUUCAUAGGAUCUGAAGAGCAUGCUUCUCUGACAGCAUUUGUCCUCAUAGCACUGAAAGAAGCCGAAGAGAUAUGCCAGUCAAGAAUAACGAGUCUUCCUGAAAGCAUAAAGAAAGCCAAAGACUACCUUGAAAAGCAGUUGAACAAUUUGAAAAACACCUAUAGCGUGGCAAUAACAUCAUAUGCACUGGCACUUGUGGAUAGUACCAAAGCCGACAAUGUGUUGGACAAAUUUUCUUCUUCUGAUAAAACUCACUGGCCGGUAGCAAGAAAUAAGGAUUCUUUGUAUACUGUGGAAGCAACUGCAUAUGCUCUUCUUCAUGCAAUGAAGUUAAAAAAAUAUGAGCGGGCUCAUGCAAUAGCAGACUGGCUUGUACGAAGGCGGGAAUAUGGUGGUGGACAAGCGUCCACACAGGCCACUGUCAUUGGAUUGCAAGCUCUUGCAGAGUACAUGACAGGUAUACCAGAAAAGAAAGCCACAAAUUUAGAAGUGCAUGUUGGUGUAGAGGGUCGGGAAAAAGCUAUCUCAUAUGUCAUUACUGACAGCAAUUUGUACGUGGCACGGUCUGAACAGUUUCUAGCAAUAAAAAAGAUUAAUGUAACUGUUUCGGGAUCUGGCCAGGGGACAUUAUCAGUAAGUAUCUGUUUAAUCAACAUUUCUAAACACUAACUCAAAUUUCAGAUG